UCACUAGAAGUCAUUUUCGCUAAUGCAUGUACAUGAAUUAAUUUAUAUUCCUGAAAUUAUGUAUGCGCGGAGAAACAAUUAAACGCUUUCAAUUAAAAAUAGACAUUGCACAAUUUAUAUUGACAAUCUAUAGGCCUAUUAUCAUAUCUAGAGAUAUUUCAAAGAAGAAAGGCGGCAAAAACUUUAAAUAUAUCAAGUGUUUUUCAUGACACUAUCAAAUAAUAAUGGCAAAUGUUCAUACAUACUCUUUACUUGUCUAUACACAAAAUAGAGAUAACACUAACGUUAAGUUUAUAUAGUUGCAUGUUUGUGUGUUUGUUUGUGUUUCUUCUUUAUUAUUGACAUAAUUUGAAUGGACAUGUACGAGAUACUAGUAUUCUACACGAUGUAAAUCGUUAACCAUUCAACGAAAGAUAAACCUAAUUCUUAAGUGAUACGUAACACAACUGGAACGACUACACGAUAUAUACAUACUUAACUCUGAUGUGUUUGUUUACAGAUUAAUGUGAACAUGUAAACCAAUGUGGAUAUUUAAACAAAUGUGAUUAAAUUUGGGAAAUAAUAAUUAGCAUUGCUCGGAGUAAUUAUGAACUGUGUACCGUGUAGCAAGAAUGUCAAGAGUAAUCAAGCUGUCAAGUACUGUGUACAGUGCCAAGAGUAUUUCUGUUCGGCAUGUAUAAAAAUGCAUAAGAAUUUCACGUUGCUUGCCAAACAUUCAUUAUUAGAUAUUACAGAGAAAACGCAAAUCAAAACAACAAAGAAUGAAGAAGAAAAUGUUGAAUCUCGUGAAACUGAAGAUGUUGGGAUGCUUCAAGUACCGACUGAGAGGUGUUUAAAACAUCCGGCAAAAGUUGUUGACAUGUACUGCAAGACUCAUGAUGAUGUUGGCUGUUCUGUUUGUUUUAUUCCACAUUACAAGGGGUGCGACGAUAUUCAUUAUGUUCCUGACAUUGCCGAUGAAAUGUUCCAUGAGGAUGCCCUGCAGAAUAUUGCUGACGAGCUCACAGCCUGUAAAGAAAGGUUGAAACAGUUAAUAGAGUCAUGUUUCCAUGCUUCCAGCCAACUGGUGAAAAUGAAGACAGCAUGCUUAGAUGGCCUCAAAGCUUUUAGAGCGGAGAUUAAUGAUAUGUUUGAUGAAAUACAGGAAAAGGCGACAAGAGAGAUUGAGCAAAGAUACAACGACUUAGAUAUGAAGCUAAACAAUGACAAGAUGUCAGUAAAUAAAGCUAUUGCCCAAAUGGAGAAUCAGUUAGCACGAAUGAACAUUACUGAUUGUAAUAAAUCUUCCUUAUUCGUUUCAGAAAAAAUAUCCAAAAAUUUAACUAAAGUCGCAGAUGAUUUACAAAGAAACGUUGGCAAACCUUUGAAAAAAGCCAAAUUCUUCUUCAAAGGCGAUUCUUCUAUCAAGACAUAUCUAAGUCAGUUUUCAACCCUGGGACAUGUUCGAGACCAGAAAAACGUUUUCGGUGUGAUCAAGGAAAAAACAACACAUGCAAUAGAUAUAGAGAGUGAUGAAGAUAUCUGCAAUAUUUGGGGCACGUGCAUAUCAGGAGAUGGCAACAUUAUCAUAGCCGACAACACAAAUAAUAAAUUAAAAUUAUUAGACAAACAAACAUACCAAGUAAAAAGUUUUUGCAUAUUGUCAGCUUCACCAAGAUCUCUAUGUAGAGUGAGCGAUUCCGAAAUUGCUGUAAGUUUAAGUAACAGGGUAAUUCAGUUCGCCAAAACAAAAAGCGAACUUGCCUUGACUAAGUCUCUUCAAAUGGAACAUAACUGUUUCGGGCUGGCUCUAACGAAAGGCAACAUUUACAUAUCAGAUGGUAGUCAGAAUGUUUAUGUUUACGACAAGGGCGGAAAUCUACAGAGAACUAUAUCCCAGGAAAGCAGUGGCGACCCAAUAUUCUCAGAGAGCAGGGACAUUACUGUCUCUGAUGAUGGUGCCAAGAUACAUGUAGCUGAUAGCAGGAAGGGUCUGAUCACUCUUAAUAUCAACGGGAACGUGCUUUGGCAAUAUACUGGGUCUGAACUGAAAGGGGCGUAUGGUGUAUGUACAGAUGGAGAUGGCAAUCUUCUGGUUACCGGCAUUUUGUCGCAUAACGUUAUGCUUAUGAGUCAAUCUGGGGAGAAAAUUGGGUCUAUUAUAAAUGAAUCUGAUGGUGUACGUAGUCCAGUUUCUGUUUGUUAUGAUCAUUAUAAAUCAAAAGUUUUAGUCACCAAAAAUGGCAAUUUUCUGAUUGCUUUUGAAUUUGACUGACUGUAAAAGUUUUAUAAAAGUGGACUGUUAUGUUAGAUUCUGCUAUUAAUAAUAACAUUCAUGAUAGUCAUUAUUGUUUACUUGAGGUAACAGGUUCUGAAAAAUUGACAUAUCUCAUACUUAAAAUUUCCCUGAUAAAAUAUGCCAUAAACUUAAAUUAUUCUUCGAUGUUUUCAAUCUGUUACCAAGCAAAACGUUUACUUAUGAUUAUUAUAUCAUCUGUUAAAUAACAGCUUUUUUGUUUUCUUGUUGACUUAGUUGCCCACAUGAUUACAAUAUAUUUAGUUUGUUCCGUCAGUAUUUGUGUGUUCCACGCAUUUCAACACAGUCAUUUCUUUCAUUAAAAAAUAAUUAGAAUUAUUAAAAAUUGAAGCUGAAAGGACGUCAAGUACGGCAAAUACAAAUUUUUGGGUUUGACUGACCUGACUUUCUCCCCAAAUAAAAGUAUUCUUAUGUAUUCUCAAAAUCUUCUCCUAGCAAAGAAAAAAACAGCGCUCAUUGCAUUAUACGAAUUUUCCACUUCAAGCAUAGUAUUUUUUAAGUUUUUUAAAAAAGAAGAAAUAAUUACUGAAUGUUCGUGUGGCUUGUGUUUUAAUUUUGAUUAAAUUUUGUAAUGUAUAUGCAAAGCUGAAAAUAUAAUAAAAUUUUGAUUUA